AAAAGUGAGGGCAAACACAGUAGAGCGGGGUCAUUUAGGUUCAUGGAAUCGAACAAGUUUUUAUCGAAAUUCGCUAAUAUUAUAAUGAACUCGGAGUAACUGUAAAGUAUCUACCGUUAGUGCCAUUUCGUCUCGAAGAAUUCACCUCCACUCUAAAAAUUGAUCUGAAUCGAAAAAAAGAAAAAUCUGCUUUAGAAUCAUUUUAACAACAGUAGAGACAACAUGACCAUGCUCAGUGUUGAUGCCCAGAUUAGGUACUUGGUGCAAUGGUUUAACGAGUGGAGUGAACUGCAAAAGUCUGAUUUUUUACCUAUUAUGACGGAAAAAUAUACAAACAAACCAUACGUUAAUGGAAUUACUAACGAUAUUGCUAACAUUAACUGCCAAGAAAAACCAAUGUCAUUAUUCCAAUGCAGGGUAAAAUUGUUUAAAGAAUGGUUUUCUCAAUGGAAUCCAGAACAACGUGAAUCGUUUUUGAAAAAAAUAUUGGAAUCGGACGCUAGUUUUGCUGAAAAACUAAAGGGGGAAAUGCAAAAUGGAAUUGAUCAUGACGGGAAUGAGGAGGAAAUACUCGAAGACUGAUUUAUUUGAUAGGUGGAGGUUAUUUUUGUUUGUUAAGCUCUCUUAUACAUAUAAAUUUAAGUUUAUAUGAUGAUUAAUUUCAUCUUACCUGAUAUUUAUUUUUGUAUCUAGAUAUUUUUAUUUUUUAUUCCUUUUUUUUUUAUUUUUAAGUAUUUUGUUAAGAAGUACCUAACAUAUUUAAGUGUAACUUUUUAUUUUUACUAUUUCUUGGUAUGUAUGAAAUUAUUUGUGAUAAUGGUUAAAUAUAUCUAUCCAAAUAUAAAAA